GGAGCAGAACUGGAAAGCUGCGGUGUUGAUACCAUGUUGCUGGUACAUUUCUUUGGAAAAGAAGGAAAGGAAAAACUUCACUAUUCUGAGUUUUUCAGAUUCAUGGAAGAUCUGCAAACAGAAGUCCAAGAAAUGGAAUUCAUAAAGUUUUCAAAGGGUUUGAACGUCAUGAGAAAAGAAGACUUUGCGGAAUGGCUACUGUACUUCACUGAUGAGGAAAACAAUGAAAUCUACUGGCAGAACGUGAAGGACAGAAUUGAGGCAGGAGAGAAUAUCAGUUUGGAAGAAUUCAAGACUUUUUGCAAGUUUACAAAUGACCUGGAAGACUUUUCUAUCGCUAUGCAGAUGUUUACUGUAGCCAAUCGUCCUGUUAAACGGGCUGAGUUCAAGAGAGCAGUGAAGGUGGCAACAGGACAGGAGCUCUCAGAUAAUGUUUUGGACACCAUCUUCAAGAUUUUUGAUCUGGAUGGAGAUGACUGCCUCAGCCACAGCGAGUUUCUUGGAGUCCUGAGGAACCGAAUUCAUCGAGGUUUGAGGGUACCACAACAGCAAGGCAUUCAAGGUUACUGGAAGUGUGUGAAAAGAGAAAGCAUUAAAGGAGCCAAAGAAGUGUGGAAGCAAACUGGGAAAAGUCCUUUUUAA